GCUGUGCAACACUGUUACUGGUCCCCCUAUCUUCUUGCUGGAAGUGUAGCGAAAUGUUAGUUAGACGUUUAUUGUCAUUUCUCCUAGUCGUUUUAGUUUUCUUUUGAAUGAUGCAUUUAUCUCAACAACUUGAGCUCUUUCCGGAGUUCACCGUGACUCAGUUACUUUUUAAAGAUGUCAAAAACGCCGUAGAAUUGAGAAAAAAUGCAGUUGAUGGACUAAUCAAGGGUGCCUUGAUAAACCCAACGAUGAUCGUGGAUCCGUUCCAAGUGCUCAUAGCUACGAACAAGGCUGUUCACUUGCACAAGAUCGGAAAGAUGAAGACCAAGAGCUUGUAUUCAGAAAUCAUUUUCAAUCUUCUACCUACUAAUAGUAUCUCCGAGGCGUUUAAAAGGUUCGGUAUCUCGGACAGAGACGAGUGCGUUCUCGUGGUGCUGGUGCACGAGGGGGAGGACGCACAGCUGCUUGCUGACGUGGUUGCCAUGGUAGCAGGGCAGCAGAUCCCCGUGGAGGACGUCUCCUCUCUGACAGACUCGGCCAAGAUCAAGAAGCUCUACAAAGUCCCCCCCCAGGAGUGUGGUAGUCUACUGGACGCCGUUGUCUGCAGGAUGGCAACUAAAGAUGUUAUGCAGAACUGACACCACAGCCGGGCUGCCCCACCCGCCCUGCUCCUGGAGAUCUACCCCCCUGGAGGGUACCAGUCAAACCCUGCUCCUGGAGAUCUACCCCCCUGGAGGGCAACACUCAAACCCUGCUCCUGGAGAUCUACCCCCCUGGAGGGUAACACUCAAACCCUGCUCCUGGAGAUCUACCCCCCUGGAGGGCAACACUCAAACCCUGCUCCUGGAGAUCUACCCCCCUGGAGGGUAACAGUCAAACCCUGCUCCUGGAGAUCUACCCCCCUGGAGGGUAACAGUUAAACCCUGCUCCUGGAGAUCUACCCCCCCUGGUAAGGUGUUUCUCUAGGAGCAGGGUUGGAGGGUAAACCAACAGGAGGGUAUCUCUCUGUAGCAACAAUCAACAUGUCCAGCACACCACAUUGUGUAUAUGUGAUCAUUUGGACUUGGUCUGGUUCAAUUCUACUUCAUGCAGACGUGAAAAGGCUGGUCUCCAUCAAAAAUCUUGUUUCCAAAUGUGACAAAAAUAAACAGAAUUUGUAUUUUUUACCUUG